AUGCAGACCCUCAAAAAGCAGAACCACAGCUCGGUGUCCGAGUUCAUCCUCCUCGGCUUCUCCAGCGAGCCACAGAGCAGAGCGGCCCUGUUUACCUUUUUCCUUCUGCUCUACAUGAUCACCCUCCUGGGCAAUGGCCUCAUUGUCACCCUGAUCUACCUAGACACUCGCCUCCACACCCCCAUGUACUUCUUUCUCAGUAUCCUGUCUUUGGUAGACAUGAGUUAUGUCACUACCACUGUGCCCCAGAUGCUGGUGAAUAUGGUGUGUCCAAGGAGGGCCAUCUCCUGGGGUGCUUGUGUAGCCCAGAUGUUCAUCUUCCUGGUGCUGGGUAUUGCUGAGUGUGUGCUCUAUGCCAUCAUGGCCUAUGACAGGUAUGUUGCCAUCUGCUUCCCCCUUCACUACUCUCUGCUCAUGAGCCGUCUGGUCUGUAUCAAGAUGGUCACCAUCUGUUGGUCCAUUAGCAUCACUGGUGCUCUGGUCUACACUGUCUUCACCAUGAAUCUGCCAUACUGUGGCCCCUACAAGAUCAACCACUUUUUCUGUGAGGUCCCCGCUGUCCUGAAGUUGGCCUGUGCAGACACGUCCUUCAAUGACCACUUGGACUUCAUCUUAGGCUUCAUCUUACUCUUGGUCCCUCUCUCCCUCAUCCUGGCCUCCUAUGCCUGCAUCUUUGCCUCCAUCUUAAAAAUCCGCUCCUCCCAGGGGAGGCUCAAGUCCUUCUCCACAUGUGCAUCCCACAUCACUGUGGUCACCAUGUUCUAUGGGCCAGCCAUGAUCAUGUACAUGAGGCCCGGCUCUUGGUAUGACCCAGAGCGGGACAAGAAGCUAGCUCUCUUUUAUAAUGUUGUAUCUGCCUUCCUCAACCCUAUCAUCUACAGCCUCCGGAAUAAGGAUGUGAAGGGGGCUUUUCUAAAAGUGCUAGCAGACAGGGGGACAACCCAGUGAUCCAGGACUGGAAGGACAGAUGGAGCUCAUUUGGCAUACUGAAGACAUCAGUUUUGAACAACAUGCGUUUUCCCGGAGCUCUGAGCAGCCAGGAGAGGUUGCACCGCUCCUAAAGAGAAAGCCCCACCAUCUCUUGUAAAGUUUUCAGCUUUCACCAAAGACUCGGUUAUAUAGGUGCUAGCUUUUCAAAUGCUACUUUAUUUGAGGGUUCCUUAAAGCUUAUACCUCUCUUCCAACCCCCAAUCCCAUGUAGGGGAAAAAGAAGGUUGUAAGGGAAAGGGGAUGCAGCCCUCUUUCCUUCUUCUGCUGGGUAAGGCCCUAGAAUUCUUUGGGGGCAACACCGAUAUCCACCAUCAGGAAAUCCAGAAGUCCAGGUAACCAGCAAAUAACAAGCGCAGCAGCAGAACAAACCAGCAGCAGGAGUCCUCCUCUAACUCCUCCAAGCAACCACACUUUUCCUCUGGGCUGUCAUAUUUAUACCC